AUUCGCAGUUAUGGAAUGAAAGAAUCAUCACUCAGUGUAAGAAUCAUGGAAGAGUGGUCUGAGUUCUCAUCCCAGGUCUUCGUACAAAUUGUUAAAGGGAAUGUUAGUAAAAUUGAAUGGCUAUAUAAAUCACGACCUCAAGUCCUAUUAUCUUCACACAAUAAGUUAUGCUCAUCAGAUGCAACCAAAGAGGACCAUACAAAAAAGUCAGGAUAUGCACAAGCUUUUACAAAAUUUGAGAAUUUAGAAGGUGAUAUAAAAAGCAACACAUCGCAAACUUUUGCAUCAUUACUAAGGAACUCCAGGUUGAUGGACAUGGGAGAUCCAGAGGGAAAAAUGGUUAUUGGAAAAAUAUAUCAUAUAGUGAAUGACGAUCUGUACAUAGACUUUGGAUGGAAAUUUUAUUGCGUUUGUCCUAGACCAAAAAAUAAUGCCAGUAGUUACAUAAGAGGCGCUAAAGUCAGGUUGAUAAUUAAAGAUUUAGAAUUAUCAUCAAAAUUCUUGGGAUUCGAGAAAGAUUUGACUCUGUUAGAAGCUGACUGUCAACUUAUAGGAUUACAACAAGAUAGAGGUUCAAGUGUACAAAAUGUCAAAAAUUAGUGUUUUAAAUUAUAUAUUACGAAUAAUAAUUGUGAAUUAGACACUUUUUUGUUAAUGGCAAGAAUUUUGUUACAAAUAUCUACAGUAUUUUGUGUUCAUGUUAAUAUAAAUCAAAAGCAAAACAUAUUAUUUGACACCCCCUAUAUCAGAAAUUAAUGUUUAUAUUUCAGAUUAAAAAUGGAAGUUAUCUCUUCAAAUAUUUUAGUAAAUUGAAACGACAAUAGUUCAUUUAAUAGAAGUUCUCAAAACCUAUCCUUUACACAUUUUCCUCUGGAAACUAAUCACGAAUAUAAUUGAACUAAUUAAAUAAAGUAUUUAUCAAUAACAACAGUGUUGUGAUUCUGAUUCUUUGAGAGGCAAAUAAAUAAAUCAACUCUUGACUGUUCAAAAUUACUAAUAGGUCAGCUAAAUAUCAUUUCCACAGCUUUUGUAGCUUAUUGUUUUUAUUUGUCAUGUUUUUAUUUUAUUUUAUGAUUAAUAUAUGAUUUAUUUACAAGAGCAAGAGUAUAAAGAUAGGUUCAUUAUGCAAUUUUUGACUAAACUGAUUUUUUUUAUUAGAAAAUGUUCGGAAAAACUUCUGUCAAAUCAAACUACUCUUACUAGAUGUAAUUUUAUGCUCACCUAACUUAUUUCAUCUUUAUUCAAAAGUUCAUUAUAAGUGGUAAAGUCAGUUGAAAAAAUUAAGUUUGGUACAUCAUGUAUCUAAGCCUACAGUGAUAUUUUUUUUAUUUUACACGAGUUUUUUAUAUCCAGCGUUCAACGUUGAAAAUUACUCCACGAGUUUUAGGAUUUUCAUGCAACUUUGAACACUUGUGACGCCAAUAAGUUAAGUUUCUUGUAACAAUUUAUUAGUAAUGACUUAUAAACUAUACCAAGUUAGUGGUUUGCUGAUAGCAAUUUCAGAUGUUCGUUUCAACCCUUCAAAAAACCAUCUUUGGUAAGGUGACGAUUCUGCGCAAUGUUCCAACCGACUUCGGUAUCGUUUGUGAACCGUUUCUGGGGAUGGUCUUCUCGAUACUUGGUUGACAGCAACAAACCUCAUGAAAAUCCUUACAGGGGAAAGGUAGAGAGAAAUUUUAGAAUUUGAGGUUUGCAGCUGCUGGGGAAUAGGGUUGAAAAAAAGUGGGACUUCAUAAGUUAUAU